UGCUCAAUCUAUGUGGGAAUACUUACGGAAAGUAUAUAAUCAGGACAAUACUGCCCGGCGUUUUCAAUUAGAAUAUGAGAUUGCCAGUUACACUCAGGGCGAUCUCUCUAUUCAAGAUUAUUUUUCUGGUUUUAAUACUCUGUGGGGAGAGUUUACUGACAUGAUUUAUGCCAAGGUUCCGGAAGCUUCUCUCUCUGUUGUGCAGGCCGUUCAUGAACAAAGUAAGCGUGAUCAGUUUUUAAUGAAGUUACGACCUGAAUUUGAGGUCACUCGCUCCAAUUUGAUGAACCGUGAUCCUGUGCCCUCUUUGGAUGUUUGUUUUGGGGAGUUACUUCGUGAGGAGCAGCGUCUUGCCACCCAGGCCACUUAUCAGCAUGACAAAAUGAUACCCAAUGCUGUGGCUUACGCUGCUCACGGGAAAGGCAAGGGACGGGACAUGCGGAACGUUCAAUGCUUCAGCUGCAAGGAAUACGGACAUAUUGCUGCCCACUGUGCCAGAAAAUCUUGCAACUACUGUAAGAAGCCGGGCCAUAUUAUUAAAGAUUGUCCUACUCGUCCCCAGAAUCGUCAGGCUAAUGCUUAUCAGGCUACUGUGGAUUCCUCUUCUUCUGCUACUACAGGAGAUUCUUCUACUCUUACUACAGAGAUGGUUCAGCAAAUGAUUAUUUCAGCAUUUUCAGCCUUAGGGCUGCAAGGAUCAGGUGUCGGGCCAGAUACUCGCGAAGGGGCCUAAAGUUGGACGUUUAUUUCCUCUACAUUUUUCUCUUCCUACUGUUAUUUCGUUUGCUUGUCACACUGUGAACAAUAAGUAUGAAGUAUGGCACAAACGGUUGGGUCAUCCUAAUUCCGUUGUUUUAUCUCAUGUAAUA